CCGUCACUUUGCCUUCCACUGAGUAAAUAUCAAUUCUUUCUCUUUCUCUCUCUCCGACGGAGAAGAAGUCUCUCCGACUGUGUCAAAUGAUGAGCCAUGGUGGUGGCGGCGGCGUAAGUAACGGAGGAGGAGGAGACGCUGAACGAAUGCUAGCUCAAGCAGAGAAGCUACUCUUAAGCGGAGACUUAAACGGUUCAAAAACCUACGCGAUCCGCGCAUGCGAAGCCGAUCACUCACUCGUAGACCACGCCGAACUAAUCCUCGCCGUCGCUGACACUCUAGUCGCCGGAGAAUCACGAAUCAGAGGAACAACCUCCGAUCUUCCCGACUGGUACGCCGUUCUCCGCCUCGUUCGUUUAACUCACAACCCCGAACUCGUCGCGACUCAGUACAGUAGACUCGCCGUGUUGCUUAACCCGAGUCGGAAUCGGUAUCCGUAUUCUGAACAAGCUUUUAGGUUAAUCUCUGAUGCUUGGUAUGUUCUCUCUGAUCCUUCUAGAAAGACAUUGUAUGAUAGAGAAUUGCAUCUGAGUCAAUUUGGGCAACUCGGUCAAUUAGGGUUUCAGCUUUUCAAUCAAACGCCACAAUCUCAGUCUCAGUCUCCUCAACAUCAUCAGCAACAAUCUCAAUCGCCUCAACAUCCUAACCAGAACCAAACAGUGUCGUUUCAGAAUCAGCAGUUACCAUUUCAGCUUCAUCAACCACAUUUUGCUCAAGCUGUUCAGACUCAGUCUCAGUCACAGCAGCAAAGGUCUCAAUUUGAUCAGCAGUUAUUGCAGGAGCAACAACAAGCAUCUUGGAGGCAACAGGUUGGUCAAGAGCAUAGUAGUGGUUCGAGUGGUGACUGGAAAAGACCAGUGGAAGAAGUGAGGUUGAUUAAUUUGAACAAUGCAACUGAAAGGGUUCAAUCUAGUCGUCGUUUUGCUGAGCCAGAGCGGCCGCCUAGUAGAUCCUUUGAGGGAUCUUCUCAUAGGACUCCUUCAACUGAAUUGACAUGGGCGUCUAAGCCUACUCCAGUGUCUGAGCCUGUACGUCACUCUGAGCUUGUACCGUGGCAAUACUCUGAGCCGGCUAGGCAAUAUCAGUUAUCUAGUAGGUCUAGUGAAGCUGCUCAACUCUCGCUGCUGCCUUCUGUUUCUGACUCAUCUCAUGCAUCUCAGCCAACUCGCUCGAAUCAGUCACAUGCAGUCUCUAAACCGCAGCCUGUUUCUAAGCCACAUCCGCCAUUCCCAAUGUCUCAGCCACCACCGACCUCUAACCCAUUUCCAUUGUCUCAGCCACCAUCGAACUCUAAGCCGUUUCCGAUGUCUCAGUCAUCGCAAAACUCUAAGCCAUUCCCAGUGUCUCAGUCAUCACAAAAGUCUAAGCCUUUGCUGGUUUCUCAGUCAUCACAAAGGUCAAAGCCAUUGCCGGUCUCUCAGUCAUUACAAAACUCUAACCCAUUCCCGGUGUCUCAGCCAUCAUCAAACUCUAAGCCAUUUCCCGUGUCUCAGCCACAACCCGCUUCUAACCCGUUCCCGGUGUCCCAACCAAGACCAAAUUCUCAGCCAUUCUCGAUGUCUCAACCAUCAUCGACUGCUAGGCCUUUUCCAGCAUCUCAGCCACCAGCGGCCUCUAAGUCAUUCCCUAUCUCUCAGCCACCAACGACCUCUAAGCCAUUUGUGUCUCAGCCACCCAAUACCUCUAAGCCAAUGCCGGUAUCUCAGCCACCUACAACCUCUAAGCCGUUGCCAGUGUCUCAGCCACCACCGACAUUUCAAUCAACCUGUCCCUCUCAGCCACCUGCAGCCUCUAGUUCUCUCUCUCCACUGCCUCCAGUCUUCAAUUCAACUCAAUCAUUCCAGUCACCUCCUGUUUCUACUACUCCCUCUGCAGUUCCAGAAGCCUCGACUAUUCCUUCUCCACCUGCCCCUGCGCCAGUGGCUCAGCCAACUCACGUUUUUAACCAAACCCCACCUCCAGAACAGACUCCCAAGAGCGGGGCUGCAAGAACCGAUUCUGAGCCGGAGGUUUCGAGUUUCUGGACUACUUGUCCAUACUGCUACGUGCUUUACGAGUAUCCCAUCAUUUACGAGGAAAGCGUGCUUAAAUGCCAAACUAAGAGCUGCAGGAGAGCUUACCAGGCAGUGAAAGUUCCUUCUCCACCGCCAGUUGCCGAAGAAGAUAGUUACUAUUGCUGUUGGGGUUUCUAUCCAAUAGGAUUCUCAGAAGUGGUGACUAAAAUCCCAGUCACUGGUUUACAUACUAAAAUCCCAGUGAGUGAUUUACCCAAAUCAGCACCCAAAAAACCAUCUCCAAAGGUAUACUAUUAUGACGACGAAGAAGAAGAUGAUGAUUCAUACAUUGGUUCUGAUCCUAGUGAGGACGACGACGAUGAUGACUGGCUGAUGAAUGGUACAAAAAGGAGGAAGAAUGUGAAGCAGAGUAAAGCUAAAGCAACAACCAAACCAAAACGUCAAAAAGUAAUUGAGGUUGAUUGAGUAAAAUCAGUCGGGUAGGGAACAGAAAAAGAACAACUUCAGUAAGGCUCUCUCUGUUCUUCAUUUCUGGCUCUGUUGUUGUAUUUUUAGUUGUAGUAGUUUCUGUUUAUGUAGUGUAGGCGUGUAGGUGUAGCGUAAUGUUGCUUGCUUCCGCGGUUUCCAUGUUCUGCUUAGGCUGGGUCUGAUCGGUCUAAGCUAUUCGGGUUAAGUUUAGAAGUAGUGGCUGUAACUUGUAAUGUUUUGGUGCCUCUUUUUGGAUUAAUGUAGUUUCUGGAAAAACUUGCAGAAGAAUCGUUUUGAUCUGGGAUUUGUUCUCUUACUGCUAGAACCAACGAAAAGUGAAUAAUCCAUAAACAUGUUGGACUUAACUGGUCCAGUUGAUCCACGGCCCAAUAUUACAAUCCAACAAAGUAUAGUUUAGUUAUGGCUUUUUUGAG